AUGGCAUUCCAGCACCAAUAGAAAAAGCUGGAUUAGACAGCCUCAAUGGUUCUAAUCUUUUUGUAAAAUAGAAAUUGCUUGUUUUUUUCUCUUCUUGUGUACCAUAAGGAAAAGAGUUUGUAUUAUUAAAAUGCUUUGUUCUUAUUUGCAAACCCAAAAUCUCAUCACCCUGCUUUAAUAAUGUUGUCUUUACAGGAUAAUCCCAAUUUCUGUGUCCAUCAUCACCACUGAAAUGAAAGAAAACAGGAUGAAUGUGACUGAUUUAAUUCUAAUAGGACUUACACAGAAUCCUCAGAUGCAGAGAAUUCUAGUUGUUCUGUUUCUCAUCUACAUUGUCACUGUUACAGGAAACCUGCUCAUUGUGGUCACCGUAAUCUACAGUCAGACAUUUAAAACCCCAAUGUAUUUUUUCCUGGCCUUCUUAUCUUUGAUAGAUGCCUGCUACUCCUCUUCCAUACUUCCUAAAAUGCUAGCUGACUUGCUCUCUGAGACAAAAACCAUCUCCUUCAGUGGCUGCAUGACACAGAUCUUUACUGAACAUUUCUUAGGUGGUUCUGAGGUUGCCCUCCUUGUGGUCAUGGCCUAUGACCGUUACGUGGCCAUCUGUAGACCUCUGCACUAUGUGACCAUCAUGAACCACCAUGUAUGCUGCCUUUUGGUGGGGGUGUCUUGGACAGUGGGUUUUCUCCACUCCAUUGAACAGAUUCUUGUCACUUUCUGGCUCCCAUUCUGUGGCCCCAACAUUAUGGAUCACUUCAUGUGUGACGUCUUUCCCCUGAUACAACUUGCCUGCACAGACACUUUCCUUGUUGGUCUCUUGAUUGCUGCCAAUGGUGGGGUAAUCUGUGUAAUAACCUUUGUAAUGUUGUCGAUAUCCUAUGUUGCUAUCCUAUAUUCCUUGAGGACUCAGAGCUCUGCAGGGAGGAAAAAGGCCCUCUCUACCUGUGGUUCCCACAUCACUGUUGUUGUCUUGUUCUUUGUGCCCUGUAUUUAUAUAUAUAUAUAUAUAUAUAUAUAUAUAUAUAUAUAUAUAUAUAUAUAUAUAUAUAUGCGACCAGUAGCCACCUUCUCCAUGGAUAAAGCCAUAACUGUAUUCUAUACUCUUGUCACUCCCAUGUUAAAUCCCAUUAUCUACACAGUAAGGAAUGCAGAAGUAAAAAAUGCCAUCAAAAUGUUACUGAAAAGAAAUGUAAUUUCAGAUAAUAAAUGACCCAAUAUGAAGAUUUUAUUUCUAUCAUAAUCUUUACAUUUUUGUUUUAUGUUACAUACAUAUAUGUGUAAGAAUGUAUAUGUUUG